AUGACAGAUGAUAUUCUUCCUUCCUCUUCAGCAGAGCGUUUUAGCCCUAAAAAUUCUGAGGAUGUGCGGAUUUUGCUCGUCGGUGAUGAAGGGGUUGGUAAAACAAGUAUAAUAAUGGCUCUUGUACACGACAAUUUUUGUACAAAUGUUCCAGCGCGUUGUGAGCAAGUUAUUAUUCCUAGAGAUGUUUCUCCUGAUGGAGUUUUAACUGAAAUAAUUGAUUAUUCACCACGAGAGCAAUCUGAAGAUGAACUUAUUUCACUAAUACAACGAGCAAAUGUGAUUUGUGUUGUUUAUUCUGUUAGAGAUACUGAGACUAUGAACAGGGUAACUUCAUACUGGCUUCCUCUGAUUCAAAAAUCACUUGGCGGGGGAGAGCACAACCGUUCAGUGCUUCUUGCAGCAAAUAAGUCAGAUCGUCAGGACGAAACGUCUCAUAUUGACAAAAUGAUCCCUAUAAUGAAUGAUUAUUUGGAAAUUGAAACUGUUGUUGAAUGUUCUGCUAAAAUAAUGAAAAACAUCUCGGAGAUUUUUUUCUAUGCGCAAAAGGCGCUAAGCGAUUCCGAUAAUGAUGGCUUCCUAUCAGACGAAGAACUCAUGGAUUUCCAGCUAUUUUCUUUUAGUGUUCCGUUGACGCCCAUCGCUAUUGCUGAAGUGAAACAAGUAAUUUCUGAUUAUGAUCCAAACAUGUUGGUGGAUAAUGCUCUUACACUAGAAGGAUUCCUCUAUUUGCAUCAGAUGUUCAUUCAGAGAGGGAGACAUGAAACUGUUUGGACAGUGUUAAAGAGGUUUGGUCAUGAUCUCAAUCUACAACUGCGACAGGAUUAUUUGCUUCCAAAAAUAAAGAUCCCGCGAGGUUCUUCUGUUGAGCCAUCAGAUAUUUGCCUGAAUUUCCUUUCUGAACUUUUCAAACGUUUUGAUGAGGAUUUCGAUGAUUGCCUUUCUUCAAAUGAACUUCAAAGUUUGUUUAGCGUUUGCCCAUCAAAUCCUUGGACGGAAGAAAUGUUACAUGCUGUGGAAUCCAAUUCACUUGGAUGGAUUACACAUAAUGGGUACAUCAAUUUAUGGACGUUUGUUUUUUAUGUUAAAUUAUUUUGGAUUUUUCUAAUUUAG